AUGCAACAAUUGUAUAGUGAAAACAAGCAACAAAAAAUUAUUAUGACUGUAAAUAAUAAUAAUAGUCGUGGCUCUUCAGUACCAAAUUUUGAAUAUGUUUCAUAUGAUAGAGUUCAAGACUUGUAUGAACAAAACAAAGGAACUUUAUAUUUCAUUCCUGAAGGCUUUGAGCCAGUUCUAGUUCCUAACGAUUCAAAAGCUCAAGCAGUCACAAAUCUAUUAGAAAAUGCUAAACCAGUAUCAGCAGCUCCAAAUGUUCCUAGAAUGUUACCUGAUACUGACGUACGUCUACCAUCAUUUGCUCUUCCAGUUGGUGUAGCUGGUCCAGCACCAAAAAGUACUUCAUCCAACACUAAAAAUAAAGUUAAAAAACCACCAAGACCACCAAACGCAUUCAUACUUUAUCGUAGAGCAAAACAACCUGGUAUUGUUGCAAAAAAUCAAGGAAUCAGCAAUAAUGAUGUUUCAAAAGAAAUUGGUAGAAUGUGGCACGAGGAACCACCAGAAGUUCGUCAAAAAUUUCAAAGAAUGGCCGACGCUGCCAAACAAGAACAUAUGAAAAAAUAUCCAGAAUACAGGUACCGUCCAAGAAGACCGCAAGAAAGAAAACGCAGAGUUCAACCACGUGAAGACUCGCCUCAAGGAGAUCUUCAUCUUCAUCUCCCUCCUCAAAAUUUUUCUGCUCAAAAUUUAUCAAUGUUAGAUGCUUCAUCAUUCUAUCCGCCAGCAACAACAGCUAGACGCAUCUCUUCAACAAUCUCCUCGUUAGAUGAAAAUUCUAACGAGUUUAACAAUAACAGAAAUUUAAAUUAUUAUGAUAAUACAUCAAAUUAUGAUAUUGAUAGUCCAGUAUCUUCAACAAAUACUUCAAUCGUUAAUGAUCAAUCUGGUGGCAUGAUUAAUCUUAAUGCAUAUGAUAUUUCACAAAACGGAACGGGAGACUACAUAAACUAUCUUGAAUUAGCAGCAGCAACAGAUUAUCAACUUUACGAUGGCUAUGAUCAUUUCACUACAUACAUCCCUCCCGCUGCUGAUCAGUUUUCCCGUAAUCAAUUCGUGAAAUUCGAUUGUUAA